UGCGGGGCGGCUGACAGUUGAGGAUGGCCGGAGCUGACGGGGCCGCCGGGCAGCAGGCGGAGCUGGAGCCCGUGGUGUCGCUGGUCGACGUGCUCGAGGAGGACGAGGAGUUGGAGAACGAGGCGUGCGCCGUCCUGGGCGGCAGCGACUCGGAGAAGUGCUCCUACUCGCAGGGCUCGGUGAAGCGACAAGCUCUGUAUGCUUGCAGUACCUGCACCCCAGAGGGAGAAGAACCAGCAGGAAUUUGCCUCGCCUGCAGUUACGAGUGUCAUGGGAGUCAUAAGCUCUUCGAACUGUACACAAAAAGAAAUUUUCGUUGUGAUUGCGGAAACAGCAAAUUUAAAAAUUUGGAAUGCAAAUUAUUUCCUGAUAAAGCAAAAGUAAAUUCUGGCAAUAAGUACAAUGACAACUUUUUUGGAUUGUACUGCACUUGCAAGAGACCUUAUCCUGACCCUGAAGAUGAGAUUCCAGAUGAGAUGAUCCAGUGUGUGGUCUGUGAAGACUGGUUCCACGGGAGGCACCUCGGAGCCAUCCCUCCCGAGAGCGGAGAUUUCCAGGAAAUGGUGUGCCAGGCAUGCAUGGAGCGCUGCUCCUUCUUGUGGGCUUACGCUGCGCGGUUGGCAGUAACCAAAACGUCUGCUGAGGAUGAUGGCUUGGUGCUGAAUGUUGAAGGACCAGGUGAUCAGGAAGUUAGUAAACCUGGGAAUGGGGAGCACCAGGCGAGUGCCCUCAGAGAGGAGGCCACCGCUGGAGGGAACGCCGAGCAGAUUGAAGAGCCCUGUGCCACUUCUAGUUCUGAAUCCCAUCCUCAGAAAGUGCUUAAGAAUCAAAGCCUCAACACAGAACUACAGUCUGGCUGCAAACUCGAGGCUCUGAAAGCUAAGCCGUUUAUGAAGAAGGACAGUGCCACCUAUUGGCCCCCAAACUGGCGCAGCCAGCUGUGCACCUGCCCGGAGUGCACGAAAAUGUAUGGAGAGCUGGAUGUGCUCUUCCUGACAGAUGAAUGUGACACGGUGCUGGCUUAUGAAAACAAGGGCAAGGUGGAGCAGGCGGCCGACCGGCGUGACCCCUUGAUGGACACCCUGAGCAGCAUGGACAGAGUGCAGCAGGUGGAACUUAUUUGUGAAUACAACGACUUGAAGAGCGAGCUUAAGGACUAUCUCAAGAGAUUUGCUGAUGAAGGCACGGUUGUUAAGAGAGAGGACAUCCAGCAGUUCUUUGAGGAAUUUCAGUCCAAGAAGAGAAGGAGAGUGGAUGGGAUGCAGUAUUACUGCAGCUAGAUGCCGGCGAUGCUGUCCCGCGCAGGCCAGCUGACCGCCCUUUGUGUUCCCCGAAUAAAGGAAGCGUCCAUCACGUCUGGUCCCUUGCUGUCAUCCCCUCCUCCUCUGCAGGGGCCGCCAUGUUUAAGCUCAUGUCCCAACCAGUGUUCCUUUUCGACUAACUGCAGCUUGGCCCCUAGACCUGUGCCCGUAGCCCUCCUAGCCCUAGGGUCACUUGCUUGUAAGUUGUGGGAUGUUUGAUUUGGUUAUGAGAAAGUGAGUUGGUUUCCUGUUGUGACGAUUCAUUCCUUAACUCCGACUGCCUGUACUUGGCUGUGGGGCUAUCGCCUGCCAGGCUCUCCUCCUUCAGGGUCACGGAAGGUGCUCUUCCGGUCAGCCAGCCCCUCAAGAUCCCCUCACCCCUGCAGUCACGGUGCCUUGGGUCAGCGCUUCCUCAGGCCUGGUCUCUCCCUCAGCCACACCCCUGCUUUCUGAGCUGUGGUCACAGCCUAGAAGCCAUCUUGGCCCAACCUCUGGAGUCAGCAGGAUGGAGCGGACGUCUGUCACAGCAGGGAGAUGGGAUGGUGACGGGUUGAGGAAGCAUGUGUUUGUCACAGUGACAUCUCCCUUCCGAGUCUCCUGGCCCUGGGACGUGAGGCUUGGAGCAGCGCAGUGCUCAGGGACUUGCAGAGAACACCCAUGGGAUUGCAGGCUCUCUGUGCCAUCUCGCCAAUCACCGACGUCCCCCUUGAGAUCUGGGUGGGUGAUUUACGAAGUCCUCUGGAUUUCUUUAUAUUAUCAGGGAUAUUCAUAAGCAUAUAUUACAAAUGGACCUAUUUUGAUAUUGUUCUGUUAUAAAAAUGUUAUUAGAAUCCCAAUAAAUUAUUGUUUUUCUCUGUGCUGAAGAAAAAGUUUACUGUGAGUGGGCAGGGUAGGACUGCCCUGUUGUGGAAGAUUCCAGGCCAGGCCACAGGGACAGGACAAGUUUCAGGCCUGUGUGUGUCCUGAAGCUGCAGGGCUCCCUGGUGAUGGGCCCCCUGUGGAGGCUCCGUGUGCAGGGGUGUGUGCGCUGUGCCCGCGCUGAAGGGGUGGGCACUGCUUCCAUUUGCUCCCAAGGAAGUCCAUGCAGCCACAUGGUUUAGGUGGCAGGACCUUGGUCAUCUGCUUGGGCAGUUGAUCCCUCUGCAGGAACAAGGCCUUUUGAUACCAGGCCACUCUGGGGCCCUGUGGGCAUGUUGAUGUUCCUUUUGUCCCACAGGCAUAGAUAGGGUAUCCAGUAGUCCCUAAGCAAGGGCAGCUUGUCCUGCAAAAAGCACCUUCUAGAAAUGGUGAGUCAUGGUUUCAGGUGCUCAACCUCUGAUGACCGGUGGUGGGAGCGCCCCAGCCAGCGCUGUCUGGUGAGGGUUCCAGCCUGGCAGUGCCCAGGCAGAGGACAUUCUGAACUAGUUCUGCAAAGCUGCACUAUUAGUGCACCAUGGUGCCCUGAAAGCUGACCCCAGGCCCUGUCGGAUUCAGCUCUCAGGAAGUUCCUUCUGUCCUGGGGCAGGUCAGGACCUGGCCUUGAGCAUUCCUGGGCAGCAGUGGUCACCCAGUGCCAAGGGCUUGUUUUCCAGAAAGUACUGCUCCUUUUACAUUAGCUGGAAAACUUUUUUUUAAAUCUCUUCAUAACUAGUUUUCUUAUCACUUGUAUCAGACUGUCUCUGCCUACAGAGACUGAUUUUGGCCAACAUGUGGCAUUGAUAAUUAAUGCAUGUUUUAUGUAAAAACAAAAAAUAUGGUAUUUGUCGCUUUUAAGGAAUUCUGACAUUAUGUGUGCAUUUUUGUAGAAACUGUUACUGGGCUUAAUAACAUACUUAACUCCAAUCAGGUUUCUGUAACAUUUAAAUAAAGCCAAAUUCAAAAUA